AUCAUUAAGGAACUACAGUAAAUGGUGACUUUUUAAACCGACGACCAGGUGACGAGCUGCACACGCUCCGCUUCUCUCACUCACCCACUCCUCCCCCGCCUCCCUCCACCGCACCUUCGGCGUUUCUGAUUUUUUUUCUACCCCCCCUCUCUCUCCCUCCCUCUCUCUCUCUUUCUCUCCCUCCCUCUCCCCAUGUCAUCUCUCUUUUCGCCUCUUUCAUACUAAAUGAACACGCGCGCACACCGGAGUGGACGGAGAGCAGAGCCAAGAAUGAACGGAUAUCCCUGGUCUCAGGUCUGAUCUCAGAUUUGUAGAUUUGUUCGUUCACAGAAACCAAGUUCGUUCUAAAGGUGAUCCACCGGAAGUCACAUUUUACUGCAGGACAACUCUGACCUGUGGACUGAAAUGACGGAAAGUGUGGCUAUUUCCCUGCUGUGCCGCUGAGGGGGACGAGGGGAACGAGGGGAACCACUGGAAUGCCUUUUUGAGACGACGGCCACCAUGCAACAACAUUUGGACAUGGGGACGCAUUACUAUCCCCCCGACGUCCACGCUGACAACAGAACCCACCGUUAUAGGAGUUUCAUGAUAGAGGAAAUCCUGACAGAACACACAGCCUCAGCUCCGGCCGGAGAGCUCCUCAAAUUUGGGGUACAAGCUCUGCUGUCCGCCCGGCCUUUCCACAGCCAGCUGGCGUUAAAGGCAGAGCAGACGAACAUCUUCAACUUCCCCAUGUCCCGAUUAUCCUGCUCACUGGCCUCUCCACUGGGUCCACCCCGAGCCACUGAGGCCACAGGCCUGCAGGUCGGCGCAGCAUCUCACCACCGGCCGCUGGACCUUCAUCUCCACGGGAAAAUGGACCUGGGCGAAGGAGGCGGCAAAGUUAAGAAGGGCCGUCGCAGCCGCACCGUGUUCACCGAGCUGCAGCUCAUGGGCUUGGAGAAACGCUUCGAGAAGCAGAAGUAUCUGUCCACGCCAGACAGAAUAGACCUCGCCGAGUCCUUGGGUCUCAGUCAGCUGCAAGUAAAAACAUGGUACCAGAACAGACGGAUGAAGUGGAAAAAAAUUGUGCUGCAGGGAGGAGGCUUGGAGUCACCGACUAAACCCAAAGGCCGUCCGAAGAAGAACUCCAUUCCCACCAGCGAGCAGCUCUCCGAGCAGGAACAGUCUGCAGCGGAUGCCGAGCAGAAGUCUGAAGGCUGCUGCUCCCACUUAGAGGAGACUCUGGAGGAAUAACGAUGAGUCACACGAGCCGCAGACUAUCACGUCUGCUUGACGUUUUCUUGAAAAAAAAAAAGAAAAACUCAGUCGGCAUGGAUAAAGCCAAGGAUAUUAUGUUUUCCUGAUGUCCACGAAGGCCUCACAUAGACACAGCUACGGGCUCAGAAGGAAACAUUUUUCAGCAACCUUGAACGUUUUGUGGUGGUUCGGCAGUACAUUAUUCCGCCGGCCGUGGUAAACCUGCUGCUGUGUAGAGGAGCAGCUCAGAGAGGAGCCACACCUUCGUCUGUUGUCAGUUCCUGUUCUGUAACUGCACACAGUUUGAUUAUUAAAUAUAUUUUCACCAAUUGGCCCAUUUUUUUAUUGUGACGUUUGAGGGGAGUCUGUAAGACAUUUCGUCAAAGUUCACUCAAAUCUAGACACAAGUGACUUGGUUUUACACAGAAAUUGUUUUUAUUAACAAUAGCAAUGCCUUCAAUUUAUUCCGAGACAAUAUUCGAUGGUUGUCAUUGGUACAACCUACACCACUGCUCCAGUGGAUGCACAGACUGCGGUAAAAUGUAACAUUUAGAAUGAAUUUAGAUCAAACGUGACCCUCAGUUCAUCAAACAGAGUCACAUCACGUCAGAGUUAUUAUGCGCCG